AUGGAUUCUCCUCUGCCUCCAACCCCAUUGGGAGAUCUGGCACAAUUGUCGGCUGAGAUCCGGAGGCAGAUCUAUAGGGUAUGUGUCAAUGAACGCUCUGCUGCCGCGCUGACCCGUACUAGCAAGGCCAUCCAUAACGAAGUGGACUACUUUCUACAUGACGACUUUGUGCUCACGUUCGACAUCGACCCUGGAGACCCUCGUUCGUGGGUGUUGAUGCUCAAUGCAGAAGGGGCGCCAUGGUCGUCGCACCCGGGCAAAGAGCACUACCUCGACACAUCCAACCGUCAUCUCCUAGACCUAGACGAGACUGCCCCCAUUCCGUUUGAGAGAUUCAAGGCGAUCAACGUCGACAUCCACUGUCCCGACGCCGAGGACCCCGGCCAGCUGGUCCAAGGUUGGCAACAAGUCAAUCGCUUUCUGGAGUGGUUGCUGCCGAAAUGGAUCGUUCGGGAAUUCAUCCCUGGCGAAGAUUACAACCUCCAGGCGCGAUGCAACACCAGCCUCAACUUGCCGAAUGUGCACGUUCGUUUCGUGGGGACGCAAUGGGCGGGCACGGGCGAGAAGAGAGGGUUCCAGCACAGCGUCAUUGGGCCGCGGGCGGACGCUCUGAGCGUGUGGGAACAAGCCAGCUUGGGCCAGGCGAGGUUCGAGGAAAGCGACCUGGAAGUCCUGCUGCUGCCAUUCCGUCGCAUGCGCUACGCCCGUUCUUUUACCGUUGAACUGCCCCCGACGGCGGCAGCCCUGCGUAAUGCCAGGUUGCACUCGAUGAUCUGCGGCGUGACCAGCCUGGCGUGCUCGACGACCGACUUUGGUCUUGAUUUGAACAGAGACUCCGCCAUCCAAACAGACGCCGAUGUUUGGGAGGUAUGGCUGACGCAUUGCCUCGACAAUCUCCCGGGUGGGACAGCAGCACAACUUCGACGAGCGCAAGCUUACCAAUGGUGUAACACGUACGAUGCGAUGCUUGCAAGCAGUACGAUAACAUUUACUGGCAGCCUCAUUGGGGGAACGAGGCAAUCUUUCCUACCUGAACAGUUCCGGCAGAUAUGCUACAGCGACGAAUUACGCUCAGACAACGCCUUAUAUUUACACCCACACACGGUCCGCCGGAUGGCGCUGGAGGAGGAGAUGGAGAUGGAGAUGGGGGAGGAAGGCUCACCACAAGCCCAAGGCGAGUUGAUGACAUACGAGCAGUACUAUCCCGGAGGCCUUCCACCGGUGUCGUCGCCAGAACAUGACCAGCUGGUGAGAAGACUGCAGCACACACAUUACGCCGGGCCGGUAGGCCUUCGUGGCUCGGAUCGCCUGCGCUAUUGUAGAGGGUGUUCACGAUACGCAGAGCACCGGAAUGAGAGAUACGACAAGUACUACCGGAAGCGGAACAUGAUAUGA